CGCAAUGCGAGCCGACAUUCACAGCCAAGGGACUCUUCGUCGUGGGCAAUCCGUCAACAGGGCGUUCUCUGGAGCUAAGGCUAUUCGGCUUUCCCGGCGAAUGAUCUCUGCACCAGAGAUCUGAAGGCCGCUUCUCACAUCUUGCCCCGUGCUGUUCACUCCAAGAUCAAUCCUGGUGGACGGGAUCUAAGUAGGGAAGACUUGUUGCCGUUCAGUAAACCGUAUGUCGACCGUCAAGACGAGAGUCUUCCUCUCGUUUCAAUCUUUCUAUCAUCAGGAACGUGCGGCACUGAACGGAAGACAUAAAAGAGAUAGGAUCUGCAAGGCCCAGCUUUGCACUAUCUCGAUUCUAGCUAUCAACACCAACAAGGAGCUCUGAGAGAGAAAGCACUUGAAUUGAAGUCUGCUGGGCUCUGUGCUUCCACAUAAAUUGUUGAUGAUCUUCCAGGCCUGAUUGCUGGGACAGUCGGCCGGAAGCCGUGCACACCACUCCGGGAUUCUGGGCCUACCAGCUCGUAAAUAGAUUUCUUGCUUUGCGCAGACCUAUAGAAUCUGGGGAUUGCACAUCCGGCUAAAUUCCUCUCGAAUCAUGUGGCACUCUCAAAACGCCUGGAUGGCGAACGUCAUGUGCCAGCUGAAAAGGAAGGGAGAAGCAGUGACUUUAGCAAGAACACACAUGGUGCGUUGGACAUACACCGUCGAACCCAUGUUUUAUCGCAGCCAAAUUUACGCGCAGAUCAUGAGCAAUCAGUUGGGAUCACGGAAAUCGGCGGUCGGAAUUCGAAGACUUCAGAAUUUUAAAGGGACAGGAAGACGUUGGUUGUAAUCUCAGACUACUUCAACCGGAAGGCAAAAAACGUUCCAGAUGGUGCGUUGCAGUUGAAUGAUUGGGGAGACAGAGAACACGUCACCUGAUCAGGGCACGUCAUCCACCUGCACCAAGCACAGGCACACACCAUCUGUUCGUCGGCUCACAAUCUAUCCGAAUACCUCGCUCAUUCCGAAUAAGCAACGGAUCAUCCCACUCAUACCUGUUGAUUGAGAUGUGCGACGGAUGUUGUUGUGGAUCUUUCACUAUACCCUGACACCUGGACUCGCGCCUGGUCUGGCUCCGAGCCGUUCCCGCGGCACACCAUCGGUCUACAGAAGCAGCCGACCGUCACAAUUGCCGAGGAGCCUGGUCAUAUCUGUACUUAUAUCUGAGCCCCAGUGGCCUCAUCGCAUCGCCCUGCAGAGCUGCCCUACCCCGCAAUGUUAGACACGGGGCAGCCUUCGAGCUCCAGCGCGGCGCCCGCACCACCAGCACGGGAGGAUCUGUACUCCGGCGAGGACGACCCCCUUCCCCAUUCCAUUCCGCUUGCAGGCAUCCGCCUCCUCGACGCGUUCCUCCCCCGCAGCGCCCUCUACGACUCGCCCGCGCGCGAGCCCGUCCCACGCUGCCACGGGCAGACCCGCAAGCCCGUCUUCUCGAGCAUCCUCGCAUGGACAGAGAACGUGCGCCUGCGUGUCGGCCCGCGCAUCAUGUGGCUCUGCGGCUCGCCCGGCUGUGGCAAAUCGGCCGUCGCGCAGACCGUGGCGGAGUACUGCGCGGCGCACCGCGGGCCGGGGUCGCUCGGCGCGACGUUCUUCUUCGACCACGCGGACGCGGAGGUGUGCGACGUGCAGGCCGUGGUGCCUGCCAUCGCGCGGCAGCUGGCGGAGCGGAUCCCCGCACUCAGGCCGCACAUCUCCCAAGCGGUGCAGCAAGAUACGGCGAUCCGCACGCGCGAUGUCGAGGUCCAGGCGCAUGAACUUAUACUGGAGCCGUUUGCGGCCUUGGCAGGAGUCGGUGUCGAUGUUGCGGCGAUGGAUCCGGUGUUGGUCGUGAUUGAUGCGUUGGAUGCUUGUGUCGGAGGGGAGAAUCAGCGCGUUCUUCUGUCUCUGAUUGCGCGCUUGAUCGCAGUGCACCACCUCCCGCUAUACUUCUUUGUCACCUCCCGACCGUCGCCCGACAUUCUCCUGGCGAUCAACAGCCCGACAUACCGGCCCAUUCGUCUCCAUCUUCACCUCGACGAGCUCACGUUCGACGCGGACAUCUUCUCCUUUCUCAAAGCCGAAUUCGCGCACAUCGAGGCCACACAUCCGGCGUUCCAGGCCACUGCUGAGUCCGAGCACUGGCCCACAGAGGACAUCAUCCAUUUCCUCGUCAACACGACUGCCCGCCAUUUCCUGUACGCUGCGACGGUCAUGCAAUAUGUCGGCCAUCCAGAUGGCCUGCCUUCGCAGAGGCUGAGCGAGGUGCUUUCUGCUGCCGCGAAUCCUGCGAUCGGCAGGAGUCCUUUCGAGCAGCUGGUCACGUAUAUCCUCUCGACUGUCUCGCCACGUGAUCCCCGGACCGGACCGGCUUCCCUGCUCCGUGCGCUUGGCUCGCUCACGGUCCUGUACAAGCCAUUGGCGUUCAAUGAGCUGCGAAACCUUCUCGACCCCAUCGAACAAGAAGCGGUCAAAGCGCUGAAAACUGCGUCUCCGGUCGUCCACGUACCGGAGGACAGCCCGGCGUUGGAUCUCGCGAGCACCCCAUGGAACCCGGGCCACAAGCGCCGACGCACGAUCCGGAUCCCCCAGCGAAACACGAUCGAGUUUCUGUUCGACGCAAGACGCGCGCCCGGCCAUCUGUGGGUCAAUCACGGCAUCCACCACGGGGAGAUGGCGAGGCGGUGCAUCCGGUUUCUGGGGCACGGGAUGGACGAUGCCGAGGAUGGGGUCGACCUGAUUACGUACCAGUAUGUGCGAAAGCGGUGGACGAAGCAUCUGGCGCAUGCACUGCCGUCGGCAGGCCUGCUCGAUGCGCUGAGGCAGUCCAGAUUCGUCUACUCGCGGGUGGCAGCCGAAGCCACCGCUGUGAUAUCGUGGCUCCAGAUGCUUUCGGACCCCCCGCACGACAUCCUCAAUCUAUGGCAGGAUUGGCUGGCGAAAAUCCAGGUCGAGCCAGUUAUUGGUCGUUUGGUUUGAUUUUUAGGGAUACCGGACUAUUGUUUGCGUCGCCAUGUUUAUAUUACGAUCAUCCCCCGGUCUCUGCCUGAAUUCAGAGUAGAUAUGGACCUGCCUUCUCUGGUUCAAGAUAAGACAUGUUACUGCCCAAGGCCAAGGCCAGCAUCCAGCGAUCAUUGAUCUGUCAAUCAUCUACUUACAGUGACAAAAACUGACAUUUCUCGAUCUUUGGGAGAGUCCCAUGAAACGCAUAGAGGACCUGCUAAGGGCAUACACUCUCCAAAGGAAGAUAGACUGCAGCUAGGAAGCUCGUGCUCUAUAUAGAUCCAAAUCCCGCCUACAUCCAAGUUCAGGAAGAGUUUUACAAUGCUUGCCAAUUCGAUCGGUACAUGAGAAGGAGAAUCUUAUGAAUCUUGUGCGUUCACCAACUGAAAGGAACUAUUCAUAGCAAGCAGUGCGACUCGAACCGCCGCGAUGUGCAGCGAACUGAGCGCAGACGAUUCGCUAGGUUAAGUUCGAUACGGA